AAUUGCAAGUCAGGUUGAUAUUAGAUCGGGUCGAUUGCAAGCUGAGUUGAUAACGAAUCAGGUCCAUUGCGGGUCUCGAGUUACUUUGAGUUGGAUUAUAUUGGGUACCUAGCUGGUUAUAAUUAAGUUCAGGUCAGUAACAUGUCGGAUGUAAAUUGGAUUCCGCCAUCCACAUCUUCGAUCAAUAUCGAAGACGGGUCACUCUCAAGUCAGAUGCCAAGUCAGUGAUGGAUAUAAUGUAAUAAGUUCUAUAUCAGUUUGAGUCACCACCACACCGGUCGACAUAUAGGUCAGAUGCAGGUUGAUAUCAAACGGUUAUACAGGUUUGGUCAAGUUUUAAGGCCCUACCGACAGGCCAGUAAAACCAUAAGUUCAUAACGAAUAACAUUAAAAAUCACAACCGACAAACAAAUGAAUCAUCCAACCCAUAACAUUUUAACAUCUUUCAAACCAACUCCCCCAUUAUUCUCCAAGCCAUCCUCCACAAUUCCCCAAUCCCCACUAUAUAAAGUAGCUCAAUUUCCUUGAACAACUCCUUCACUAACCCCAUUCCUCAUUCUCCAUUCUCUUCCUCUCUUCUUCAAUGGCAACCCAAACACCAACAUCCGAUUCCCUUUCUUUACCUUUUAAAACCCGUAUCCAACUCACAUUCCUCAACUUCGUUACUGACGCCGUUCGUCGUAAUAACGGAACCAUUAACCGUCGUCUUAUGAACUUUCUAGAUCGCCGUUCACCUCCUAACCCUAUCCCACAUAAUUCCGUUUCAUCCCACGACGUCGUUGUUGACCCUGCAAAAGAUCUCUGGUUUCGUCUCUUUAUCCCUCACAACCAAAGCGAUACCGUUUCAUCCCUCCCUAUUAUCGUUUUCUUUCACGGCGGUGGUUUCGCUUUUCUUAGCGCUUCAUCUUAUGUAUACGACGCCGUUUGCCGUCGCUUUGCUCGUAAACUAAACGCCGUCGUUUGUUCUGUUGAAUACCGUCUCUCUCCUGAAUAUAAAUUCCCUUGUCAAUACGACGACGGAUUCUCCGUCCUUAAAUUCCUCGAUAAUCCCAAACAAAUCCCUAAUUUUCCUCAAAACGCCGACGUUUCAUCUGUAUUCCUUGCCGGCGAUUCCGCCGGUGGGAACUUGGCCCACCACCUUGCCGUGAAAUUCGCCACGUCAUCAUCCACUUUCUUGAAACUCAAUGUAAUCGGGUUAAUAAAUAUCCAACCCUUUUUUGGCGGGAAUGACCGAGUUGACUCAGAGAUUGAACUAGAGGGAGCUCCGAUUGUAUCAAUGGCGAGAACUCAAUGGUUAUGGAAGGCGUUUCUUCCUGAUGGGUUGGAUUUUGAUCACUGGGCAGUGAAUGUAAGUGGGCCUAAUGCUGUGGAUAUUAGUCAGGUUGAAUUUCCUCCGACUUUAUUGUUUGUUGGUGGAUUUGACCCGUUAAAGGAUUGGCAGAGGAAGUAUUAUGAGUGGUUGAGAAGAAAUGGGAAAGAUAUGAAGUUGGUGGAGUAUUCUACGGCUAUUCAUGCUUUUUACGUUUUUCCAGAAUUGCCUGAGACAAGUAAAUUGUUUGAUGAGAUUAUGGAGUUCAUCGGGAAACAGAUUUCUAAAGUUAGGUGAAGAAAUAGUGGAGAAAUUAUUAAUGUUUGUGUGUUUAUUUUAUUAUUUGUAUUUAUUUAUGUGUAUUAGUGUAUACUAUUUCAUAGAAUAAUAAUGGUGAUGCUAACCUUAUCACAGAUUGAUAAAUGAGAUGGUUCUAGACCAUCACUUUAAGGAGUAUUAAUUUUGCCCAUGAAUUUAAAUUUAUGGUCUUAAAGUGAUAAUAUGCUCGUAAGAAAAAAAUUUUACACAAUAAUUCAACAUUUUUCGGUAUCUUUAACAAUUAUUUUGUCUAUUAAUUAACAAUUAAUAAUUUUAGUUUUGUGUAUUUUCUUAGAGUAAAUUUUGUAAUUAAAUGACUUACUAUAAUACUCCCUUCGUUUCUUUUUGAUCUUCCACAUUACUAUAACGGGUAGUUUUAAAAGUUCUUCCACUUUAGAAUACUUUCUAUUUUUAGAAAGUUUUUAUCUCACUUUUACCCCUUAAAAUCCCCAUUUUCUUUUAA